ACGACACAGCGCGGUUCAGAACAGCACAGCACAGCAGAGCAGAGCAGAGCAGAGCAGAGCACAGCAGAGCAGAGCCAUGCCGACGGACUUCAGCGGGCAUUGGGAUCUGGAGAGGAGUGAUAACUUUGAGGAGUAUCUGAAGACACUGAACAUUGAUUUUGCCACCCGUAAGAUUGCGUGCCACCUCCACCAGACCAAAGUCUUCAUUCAGGAUGGCGACGCGAUCACAAUCAAGACCCUCAGCACCUUCAGAAACUACGAGCUGUCCUUCACCGUCGGACUGGAGAGGGACGAGCACACCAAAGGCCUGGACAACAGGGUGGUCAAGGCGCUGGCGACCUGGGAGGGAGACAAACUGGUCUGCACUCAGAAGGGGGAGAAGGCCAACCGGGGAUGGAAGCACUGGAUAGAUGAUGAUGAUGGAGCUGACGUGUGAGGACAAAGUCUGCAUCCAGGUGUUCAAGAGAAAGGAAUGAGAUUAAUCUCUCACUGAAUAUUAUGGAUGUUACCACCAACAUAACUCAUCCAUUGUGGUUUCCUGAUGAACGCCGGGAAAUAUUUAUAUUCUGUUGUACAUAUUGAACAGUAAAACGACAAGGAUAUACUAUCUACAUUCCAAACCAGUGUUAAAUACAUUUCAGUAAUGUAUAGCUAUUCAGUCUCUUCAGCAUGUAAAUGUCUGUUUUUCACAACUUACAUAGUUCAUUCAAAAUGCAGUUUCAUGCAUUUGUGCAGUUAAAGGGAUUGUUUGAAUAAACAUGAAUUCCUACGUUGUGAAAUUGUGACUGUGCAUUUAAGUGGCUCGUAAGUAAAGAAAACCUGAUCUCUGUGCCCUUGUUAGCACUCAUAUAAAUACAUCUGUAUGUGCAGUGU